AUGCAGGCCUGCAGAGCCACGUCAGCAGCUCCCAGCAUCUUCAUGCCGGCUCUCGUUCGAUCGGUGGAUGGGCGGAGGGAGAUGGUGUGCGUGGAUGGGGGCAUGGUCGCCAACAACCCUACUGUAGCAGCGUUCCUUCACAUCGUUGCCAACCCGUCCACCUUCAAACCUCCUGGAGAAAACAACGAAAAUGGUGCACACAACGGGGCAAGCACCAGUGCAAGCAAUGGUGCGAGCGGCAGUACAAGCAGCGCUGCAAAAAACGCUCCAAGCAACAAUGCAGACACUAACGACGAUGGGGAAACGGGAGGUGGGGAAAUCAAGGCAUCAGCCACAGCACCUGUUUCUGCACUUCACGCCUCGUCUUCGGCACCUGCCGCUGAUGCAGAUUGGCUUUCACAGGCAACAGCAGCAGCGGGCACGAGUGCAGGGAAUUCGCGAGGAGAGAUCUCACCUGCAGCAGCAAUGGCUGGUGCAGCGUCUGCUGAUGCGAGCUGUUUGCUGGCUGGAGACGUGCAAGAGGCAGCAGAUCUGAGUGCGAGCCCGCUUCUUCAUGAUGCUGAGAAAGGAAAGGGAGGAGCAGAGAGAGAAGGAGAAAGAGGGGAAGCAGCGGGCAGCAGUGAGUCGUGUGAGGAGCCUCUGUCUCGAGCUCGGCUGACAUUCCGAGAUGUGGUGGUGCUGUCUCUGGGAGCAGGCGAGCACAUGCGGCGAUACUCUAUUGAUGAGGUGAAGAAGUGGGGACUGAUUGGGUGGGCAGAGCCGAUGGUGGAUGUGAUGGUGUGGGGAGGAGGCAACAUGGUGCAUGCUCAGAUGUGCCUGCUGGCUCUGGCAGAUGGGGCCAUAGACAACUACACUCGCAUUGAGGUGCAAUCCCUACCGUCCAUCUCGACCAGGAUGGACAACGCAUCAUGGAGGAACAUCCAGCUGCUGCAGCGAGUGGCAGAGGACGCUCUUAAAGCCCACGGCAACGUCGUCCCCUCGCUGGCGGGGGAGGUCUGCCAGCUGGCGCCCACCAAUGAGGAGCGCCUCGCUGCGCUGGCGGAUAGGCUCGUGGCGGAGUACAGGUGGCGGCGUGGGAUUGGAGGCUGA